GGCAAAGCUGAGCUCUGCUAUAGCUGAUUCAAUAAUAAAAACUCGUCAGGGUUUUUCUACUUUCUAUAUAGGAACCUACCUUUUACUUUCCCUCUCCCCCUUCUUAUCUCCAUAAUUUUUCCUUAAUUUCUUUCAUGGAUAGAUACAUGGAUUUACAAGGGAAACACCUUGAUUAUGCUCUUAAUGGCAAAGUAAUGCUCUGCACUGGCGUCGUUCUCUUCAUUCUAUUACUUACCGUACUCUGCUUCCACAGCUACGUGCGUAUCCUCUUCCGCGAUAUCCGUCGCCGUCACAUGCGCCGUCGUGCUCAGCGAUUGCUCUCUAUUUCCACUGCCGGUACUACUUCUUCCACCACCGGUGCUUCCAAGGGUUUGGAUUCUUCCGUCAUUAGAACGAUCCCUACUAUUGUUUACACCACUAAAGCUAGUUAUUUCCCUCCGCUGGAAUGCGCCGUUUGCUUGUCUGAAUUCGAGGAUGACGAGAAAGCCCGCGUAUUGCCUACGUGCAAUCACACCUUCCACGUUGACUGUAUCGACAUGUGGUUUUAUAGUCACUCUAACUGUCCAAUGUGUAGAGCUCCGAUCCAGGCUGUUAUUCCGGUCAACCCACCGAAAACAUUAGAGCAGACCGCCGCUACAGUAUCUGAAACAGCCCUACCAUUGCCUCCUGGAGACGAUAUUGAAGCGAACAGCUUUUUCCCUCCUUCUUCCUCGUCGUCUUCGUCGUCGUCAUUGGAGAUGGAAAGUUGCCCCAUGAAACGACUAGAGCUAGUGGGACUGGGAACUGUUGUGGAGGUCACCAUCGGAACUCCAUGUGGAAUCGGGUUCGGGUUAUCGGAUCCUGGGUAUAAGAAGGAUUUGGAGUGUAUAGUAUAAAACAGUAGAAAUUCCAGAAAAAUGCAGUUGGAUUUUGUAACCCUGUCAAAGCGCUGAAAAAGGAAAGAAACAAGAAUUGGUGUUAGCGAAGCAAGAGUUAGGGAAACAGCUGGCGUUUCUGUCUUUACAUGUCAGCUAGUUGCCCGAUCAUGGUUGAAAAUUGUCUAAUAAGAUCUUUUAAUUUUAAUUAGACUUAAAUGACAAUUUACCCUCUCAACUAGACAUUUUAAUUCAUGCCGCAAGUUUUUACUUCA